GUCCUGGACAAAUGUGAUGCGUUUUGGUAUUGCUCGCCAAUCUCCCCAUUGGCCACUCUGUUGGCUCAAGUUUUCCGUUGCGCUGGCAGGAGUGCAAACACUCCAGGAUCGUUGGGCAGGGUUCUGUGGUGUUGCGCGCUACGAUGGCCCAAACCCAGGGUGCCAAGUGGACGGCGGAAGGCAAGUCUCAAGACGACUUCAUGCUCAAGGACGAGUGCAUCAUCAUCAAUUACAUGGAUGAGGUCGUAGGCCAUGAUAACAAGUACAAUUGCCAUAAAUUCCUCCCUGGCCAGCCCAAGGGCAUUCUGCACCGUGCCUUCUCGGUCAUGCUGUUUGACGCCGACGGCAAGAUCUUGCUCCAACAGCGGGCGGCUAGCAAGAUCACCUUCCCCAACGUGUGGACGAACACGUGCUGCAGCCACCCUCUGCACGGGAUGAGCCCCCCCGAAGUGGACUCACCCGAGGCCGUAUCGUCUGGUAACCCAAUGGGUGUCAAGCAUGCCGCCGUGCGCAAACUUGGGCACGAGUUGGGGAUUCCAGCGUCUCAGUUGGAGGCGUCCCGCUUCAAGUUCAUUACUAGGGUGCACUAUUGGGCUGCAGAUAUUGACACUCAUGGUCCUGACGCCCCUUGGGGCGAGCAUGAGAUUGAUUAUCUGCUGCUGUACAAGCUGAAGCCAGGCGAGACGCUGGAUAUGAAGCCGCACCCCGAUGAGGUGUCCGCUGUGAAGUGGCUGGCUCGCGAGGAGCUGAAAGAGGCCAUGGCAGGCACGGGUUCGCUAUCGCAGGAGUUGCGGAUUUGGUCGCCUUGGUUCCGCAUCAUCGCUCAGAAUUUGCUCGACCCUUGGUGGGCGGACCUCGACGCGGCGAUUGGUACCGACAAGUACGUGGACGUCUCCGCCAUCCACCGGUUCGACACCCCGGCCUCGUUCCACGGCGGCGCUGGAGGCGCAGCGCCCAACCUGGACACCGCAAUGGGCUUGGAGCGCGCGGCGUUGAAGCAGGGCGGCGAGGACGCGAGGCGCUUGGUCGCGCUCGCCGCGGAGCGCGAGGACCGCAUGGUCGGCCUCGUCGGCCGCGGAAAGAAGAUGAUCGGCGACAAGGCGGGCGACGUGAAGCAGGGCGCGUACGGCAAGGUCCCGACCCACUCCACGUCCAAGCUCGACCAGCUGAUGCGCCCAUUCGAGGUAGCUGCUGCACUGCGCUUCAAGUUCGGAGGCCUCCUGGAGAACAACAUGAAAUCAGCAGCGCAGGAAAAUCCUGAUGUUGCUUUCUGUGACGACAUGCUUACCAAGGUCUCGCGCUCCUUUGCGGCUGUGAUCAAGCAACUGCCCGCAGGACUGUGUCUCGAUAUCUGCGUGUUCUACCUCGUUCUGCGUGCCCUGGACACCGUCGAGGACGACAUGGAGGCGUACAAAGGACGUGAGCACGACAAGGAGAGCGAGCUACGAGCAUUCGGCGAUAAGCGCUUGAGCGAUGACAACUGCAGCAUUCACGGGGUUGGGGCAGCCGACGAGGCAACGCUCAUCCAGAAUUUCGGAGCUGUGUCCCGAGUAUACAAGUCGCUCCCAGAAGGUUCCCGUGAAGUCAUCCGGGACAUCACCGACAAGAUGGGCGCAGGCAUGGCCGAGUACGUGGCCGCGGACCUGGGCCAAGGCACGGUCGACCAGGCCGCCUAUGACCGCUACUGCCACAUGGUCGCCGGCCUGGUCGGCGAGGGCCUCACGAGGAUAUUCGUGGCGCGGGGCAUGGAGAACGACACGAUCAUGGCGCAGGGCGAGCGCGUCUGGCCGUUCUGCCCGGACCCCGCCAAGGAGCCCUUGAACAUGGGGCUGGCCAACUCCAUGGGCCUGUUCCUGCAGAAGACCAACAUCAUCCGGGACUACCUGGAGGACUACGUGGACGGGCGCGCGUUCUGGCCCCAGAGCGUGUGGAAGAAGCACACCACGACCAACGAUCUGGGCGAGUUCGCGCGGCCCACUGCCCACGGCGCCGGCGUCUGGGCCCCCCUCGAGGGCGCCGGCGGCAAGGUCGUCGGGAAGGGCGUGGGCGAGCAGGCGCUCACGUGCCUCAACGAGCUCGUCGCAGAUGCGCUGGAGCUGGUGCCCGACUCCCUGGAGUAUCUCGCACGCCUCCGCGAACCUGCGGUGUACCGCUUCUGCGCCAUCCCCCAGAUCAUGGCCAUGGCGACCCUCUCGGAGUGCUUCAACAACCCGAAGCUCUUCACUGGGGUCGUGAAGAUCAGGAAGGGCCUCACGGCGCGCCUCAUCAUCGCCACUGUGGACGGCCCCGGCGCCGUGAACUGGUGGUUCCGACAGAUGGCCCGCGAGCUGGCAAAGUCCGUUCGCAACGGCACUUGCGCCGGGGCCGCCGGUCCGAUCGGUGCCCGCUUGGCGGCCGCCUGCGCCAGGAUCGAGAAGAUCACCGCGCAGUCCAGCGCGCCGCCGCGCGGCGGCGCCGCCUUGGCCCUGGGAGCCGCCGCCGCCGUCGCGUUGGGCGCCGCCAUCUAUGCCGCCUCCGGGCGCGCGUGAGCCGUGGGCUCGGAACAGGACGUAUGGGGGGGCGCGCCAUCAAUAGCGCAACGGGCACGCUGCCACUGGCCACCCCUCAUCCUUUUUGCAGCUGCUCCUCCUCGGAUGCACUUGUAUUUCUCGAUGCACUGGGCGUCCGGCUCCGCGCGGGGGGCUCGAUGCAGCUCAGUGGUGCCUCCGGCCCUGAACGAGCGUGGGCGUCGCUCGCGCCUGUGCUAAUUCAAUCAGGGUGUGCUGCGAUGCCGGCAUACUCCUGCCCACGAGAGGCGCUGCCCUCCUUUGGCCUUCCCGUCUGGUACCUGCCCCAACUCUCAUCCCCAUCAGCGCCGUGAAGGACUGUAAACAUUCUGGCCCGAGUUGAACGCACAACACGCUUUGGCUUCCGCGACGCGCCGCCGGGGUCUCUGCGCUGGUGCGGCGUAGAUCCCCUUUCAACGAGAUGCGGUCUCCCCCCUUUGCCUUGCCCCCCUGGUCUACUCCCGAUCCAUCCUCUGUGGCACUCUCGCGGACCCUCCACGUACUCCCGCAGCCACCGGACCCCGUGCGGCAGGCCCUCGCUCAAACGCGGCGACUGCGCCAGUUUUCAGAUGCAAGAUGAUGCAAAAGAUCGGAGCCCAUCCGCAUUGUCGCCUUUCGAAAAGAA